AUGAAAACAUUGAAGUUCUUGCAACUAAAGAGCCGAAACCCUGGAGGACGACAUAGCAGGCACAGCUUCGGUUUUUUUCGUACUCAAGAUGAAGGUAUAUCAAAUAUUCCUCCUAAACCGGAGAGAGAAAAAGAUUUCUCUUCAACUUUAAAGACUUACCUUACGAAAAAAAGAAAUCGAAGAGAUACCGAGGUUCGUGCCUCUGCUGUUGAAGCCUUUACCAUAAAUGGCUUAAAGGAAGAAAUACGACAACGGGAGGUUACGCUGGAGGCCUUAAAUAAAAGAAUUAAGGGCAUUGAGUUAGAAAGAGAUCGUGCCCGUGUAGAGUUGGAUGAAGCCCAAGCUCAUCUUAAGGAAUGUAGUCAUGAGGUCCGGGACCUUAAGGCCUUGCUCCCGGAACAUAAAACAAAAUCUGAACUUAAAGUUCGUGAAGGAGAAAUAAGAGAAUUAAAUUUUUCUUUACUUGAAUGUGCUCAUGAUUUACAAGCUGCUAAAACUGACCUUUCAGCUACAAUAACUGAAAAGGACACUACUCUUUAUGAUAUACAAAAACAAUUAAAAGAUCGUGAAAAACUUGUACAAACUAAUUCAGACCAAAUACUUUCUCUUAAACAAGAACUUGAGGCUGCAAAAAUGGAUCUUGACUCUACUCGGGAUGAACUUAAAACUACUCAAACAAAAUAUAGUGAAGAAAUUGAUGCAACACAAGCUAUGUGUUCAGCUGAAAUUGAAGCUACUAAAGCAAAAUGUACUGCUGAAAUAGGUGUUAUAAGAGCGAAAUACGCUGCUGAACUUCAUGCCACAAAAGAAGAACAUGCUGAUGAAUUAGAGGCCACCAAAGCACAGCUUUCCUUUUUCAAGUCUCAACUUGAUUCAACUAAAGCUCAACUUUCUUUUACCAAAUCAAAACUUGAAUGGGCAAAGGCUGAUUUAUCAUCUAUUAAAUCAUUAUUAGAUACAGCAAAAGCUGAUCUUGCCACCACAAAUAUUAAAUUAAAACGAACAACAGCUGAAUUAGAAGCUGCUAAAGGAGAAGUUGAUGAAUAUAUAGAUAUGAUGGCAUAUAGAGAUGGUCUCACUUCUCUAAUAAUAUCAGUUUAUCAAGAAGAUAUUCGAAAUGAAAAGGAACGAACAGGGUCAGAACUUGAAGAUACUCAAGAACAAUUGCAUAAAAUUAAAGCUACACAUGAAAAAGAGAAAAAGGCAAAUGCUAAAACUAUAAAACAAUUAACAAAUCAAAUUCAGAAUUUGACAAAUUCACAAGUUCAAGAAAAAUCUAAAAUAUAUCAACUUGAAACCGAUAAUGCUAAAUUACGGAAACAACUUGAGCAAACGAAAACGCAAGCCGCAGAAGAAAUAGCGUGUUUACAUGCCCAAGUUGAAACGUUAUUGGCUACUUCAAAAUCAUAUGAAGUUAUUAGUGAGACACCCAUGUCUAUUGCCAACAUGUCAACUCCACCAGAAUCCCCAUGCAAUUCGCGACCAAGUAGUGACUUCUUUAAUGAAACAAGCAGUGAAUCAAAUAGUGUAACUGAUGGUAUGAUAAAUGGAGGCAUAAAUACAAUAGUUACAACUGUUGCAAAUGGUGAUUGGGUAACAGUUAGAAAAAGAGGUAGCAAGCGAAGAGGUGCACCGCGAAAUCGCGGAGUAAAUCGUGGUGGACGACGG